UAGCGAGCGGCGGCGAGAAGGAAGGAACCGGCCGGCGAGCAGAAAGCGGCGACGAGCGACGAGUGCUUGGCGUACGGUUUGUGUGGUGCGCGCUACCGUCGAGAUAGGCUCGAGAUCGGAGAGUGCACGCGCGAUCGAGCGGAGACGGCGAUUCUCAGGACGAGGGAGACACGAGUUUUGAAGUAGAGAAGCACGCGACUGUAGUCCCCAUCCCCCCCAUUCCCCUCCUCCCCUCUGGCCGGACGGUAAAGGGGACGACGACGAGAACGAGAGUUUUGGAGAAACGCAAACGCGUAGCCGUUCAACGACAAUGACGAUGGCAACCGAGACGGAGAACAACGGGCCCGAGAGCAAGGAGAUCAAGGACGUGAAGGAAAUGAAGGAGGCGCUUAAAGACGACGCGCCGCCGGAUAACAAGCAGGAAGAGAAGGACGCGGCGGCGAAGAAGGACGAGGCAGCCGGCAAGAAGGACGACGACGCUGCCGCCGCCGCCGCGGCCGCCGGCGCAGCCACGGCGCCGGCGAAGGCCAGCACCGUGCACCACCCCGACUACGAGAAGGACGUUGUUUAUCUAUAUCAGUUCCCGCGGACGCCACUGCUCCCGUCCUUAUCCCCGUAUGGUCUCAAGGUGGAGACGUGGUUGCGGUUGAAUGGCAUCAAGUACGAGAAUGUUGAUCACAAGAUGAAAUUCCGCUCCAAGAAGGGUCAGCUGCCGUUCGUCGAGCUGAACGGUGAGGAAAUCGCAGACAGUACCAUUAUCCUGCGAGAGUUGAGUCAGAAAUUUGGCAAGGACUUGGAUGCCGGUCUCACGUCUGAACAACGAAGCGUCUCUCACGCCAUGAUAUCCAUGAUCGAGAAUCAUCUAGUCUGGGUUGUCGCGUGCUGGCGCACGAAGAACUUGGAUCAGGUGCUGAAGGGUUACAAGGUCAAUCUGCAACUCGCUCUGGGAUCACGUAUCCCAAACGCUAUUCUGAAUUUCUUCUUCAAGCUCACGUUCGGACGCAAGUUGGAUUGGUUGCAGGGUGCGAGGAAAGUGAAGGCUCAGGGAAUGGGUGUGCACAGUCCGGAGGAAGUGUCCCAAUUCGGGUGCACCGAUCUUAAGGUGCUCUCGGACACGCUUGCUGACAAGCCCUUCUUCUUUGGGGACGAGCCAACUACCAUGGACGUAGUUGCAUUUGCGCAUCUCGCUCAAAUCCUGUACAUCGACAAGGACACGCCGUACAGUCUACGAGAUUACAUGGUCGAGAACUGUCCCAAUUUAGUCGGACAUUGCUCGCGCGUUAAAGAACGAUGUUUCCCGGAUUGGGACGAGAUAUGCUCCAGCCUGGACAUGAACACGCAUCUGCCGAAACCCGAGAAACAGGAGGAGAAAGAGGGCAAGGAGGAGGCGAAGGAGUCUAAAGAAUCCAAGGAGGAGAAAGAGGGUGACAAGGAAAAGGCAGACAAGGAGGAAAAGGAAGUCGAGAAGGACAAGGAAGUUGACGAGAACAAAGAAAAAGAGAAGGACGGCAAAUAAGCGGUCUUUCAUUGUAAAGAGAAAUAAUAAGUCGUUUCAAGGAUUUAAAGGCGAAGAGUCACGAAGGUGUAUUGGCGAAUGAAUAAAGAUAGAAAGAGAGAGAGGGAUAGUUGGCGGUAAGAGUGUGUGUAUGUACGCGCGUGUGUGUGGUUGCAUGAAUGUGAACGAUGAUGGAGAUGAGGACUGUAGAAAGCACGUAUAGAAUGAUGAUGAGGGAAGGGAGUUGCCGGAAGUGAGAGAUUGUAUGUUGAAGAGAAAGGGAGGAAGAAAGAGGGAGAGAAAGAGAGAGGGAAAGAAAAUGAGUGAGUGUGCGUGUGUGUAAGAGAAAGCAAAAAGAAAGAUAAGGUUUGGGACUAGAGCUCUCUACUUAUACGUAUAGAUAUUAAUAGACUCGUGUAUAAUGUUAAUAGUUCGUUUAUAUACGUUCAAUGCGCAUCACGCGUUACUUCACAUUGACACACUCGAAACACACACGACCGGAACGAUUAUUCUCUAAUCCACACGCCCUUUCUCUGCUCUGCUAAGGAUAAACAAAAAACAAACAGGGCUAUCUCAUAAGUCAUUAGAAAUGUAGGAUUGCAAUAUACGAACUGCAAUAGUUUAACGCAGCUGGGGUCUUUGUCGACAGUGGCCAAAUGCAAUAUAGCGUUACGCUAUAAGAUAGAAGUAAUUACGGGAGAAGAGGAAGAGAAGAAGAAGCGAGGAUAGGGUCGCGUGAACGGGCAUACUGAUUCCUGCCUUUUAAGGCGAAAAUAAGCGUCUCCUACUUCGCUUCCCUCAACGAUCCUUGCUGUGUAUAAGUUACUUUGCGUCCUGGCGCAACGUAACGUAAUCUUCUCUUUAAUUUAGUUCACGUUAAUUUCCUUUUUUUAUGCUACGUUCACACGUGUAUCGCGCGUUUUACUUUGCUUUUUAUAUCGUGUUAAAUAAAGUUUCUAAAAAGAUUUUGUACGAGAUUUUUUAUGACGCGUAUCAUUGAGAGAUUUCUAUCGGAAAAUCAUCUGAGGAAACACCGUUGCGUCUAGUAGCCGGUUCAUCGACGCGAUCUGAGAUUUUUAUUACGAUAACGCUAAUAAUAACGCUAACGUAACGAUAAUGUUAAUAAGAAUGAAACAACAAUAAUAUUAAUAAUCAUAGUGAUAGGAGAAAGGGAAUCCGAUGUCCUACGGAAACAAAUGUUAGGUCAUUGAUUGACUGAAUUACUUCUAUCUCUCUCUAUCUAUCUCUCUCUCUCUCUCUCUCUCUCUCUCGCGCGCGCGCGCGCGCGCGUUCUUUUAACAAUCGAAUCGAGAGUCGAGUCACGCCAAUUGACCAGUUAGCAACGGACGUCCUCAGACAGCCUAAUGUGGAAUGCAAAUGUAGUUGAGAAGGCCGUACGGAAAAGUAGUUCGAUCCGCUCUUCCGCCCGGCCGCAAAUCCGGUUUGCAUUUCAUCGUCAUCUCAAAGUGCGUGCAAUCAAUUUUUAUUUUAAUCGACGACUCUCAUUCCUAUAUUUCGUAUGGAUUAUAUGAUAUUUUCAUAGUCCUUUCUUAUCACUUUUUAGAUGACGGAAGUAAGGAACCGCGAUAAGCGAUGGACGACACAUAUUAUUAUCUAUUAUUUGUAUAUUAUAGUAUAUGUAUUAAACAUAGACGCGCGCGAAUGCAGUUGGACUUAGAUAUGCAAGGAAGAUGCCAUUCGUGUAUAGCAGAGUCGUAAUAUUUCGUCCUCUUAUCCACCAUUCCUUGCUCCCUCCAAGUUCUCGAUUUUUUAUUUUCUUUUUAUUUUCUUUCUUUAGCGAAGAGGCACAGAUAAUGUUUUGAUCUCUUUUUCUUUGGUACUCAAAACGCUGUGCUGCCCAUGUAUUGAUAUACGAUUUUUCGGACGUGUUAAGGAAAAAAAAAUUACCUUGCGUAAUACAAAGUGUCUUUCACGCAUCGAAAAUCGACAAUUUGAUGUAUAACGGGAAUUGAAGUUUUUUCUACGAACGCUGCGUAGUUUUUCUACGGCAGCUGAACAUAUUCCACGAGAAGACACGAGAUAUAUUACAUUUAAGUAGCUUAC